AUGGAAGAUAAACAAAGAGAGUUAGGAGAAGAAGAGAAAGAAGAAGAACAUGCCAAAGUGGAAAUCUGGAAAUAUGUGUUCGGGUUUGUCGAAAUCGCAGUGGUAAAAUGUGCCAUUGAGCUUGGAAUAGCUGAUGCAAUUGAAAGCCAUGGCAGCCCCAUGACACUCCUAGAGCUAUCAUCUGCUCUAAGAUGUGAUCCUUCUCCCCUUUACCGCAUCAUGAGGGUCCUAGUCCACCUCAAAAUAUUCAAAGAAAAUCCAGCAACCCAAAUAGGCCCCAAAGUUUAUGCACAAACACCCUUGUCCAAACGGCUAUUGAAAUCCGGAGAAAACAGCAUGGCUGCUUUAAUUUUGCUAGAGAGUAGCCCGUUAAUGCUGGCACCUUGGCAUGGCCUAAGUGCUCGAAUUCAAGGUAUUAGCAAUUCAGAAUUUGAAUCAGUACAUGGAGAGGAUGUAUGGAGCCAUGCCGCAGCCAAUCCUGAUCACAGCAAGCUUUUCAAUGAAGCAAUGGCUUGUGAUGCAAGGGUGGCUGUGCCUGCAGUGAUUGAAAGUUGUUUAGAGGUGUUCAAAGGGAUUGAGACAAUCGUGGAUGUGGGCGGGGGUGAUGGGACUACUUUGCGCUUGUUGGUUGAGGCAUGUCCUUGGAUUCAAGGCAUCAACUUUGAUCUUCCUCAUGUUGUGUCUGUUGCUCAGGAGUGUGACCGCAUUGAGAAUGUUGGAGGUGACAUGUUUGAUUGUGUUCCAAAGGCUGAUGCUGUAAUUAAGAAGGCAUCUUUUCCAUAAUUUCUAGUUCGGUUCGAUUUAAAAAAUCUUUAUCAAAGAGUUGCACGUUUAGUGCUGGGAAGGCGUGAGAAGGCGGAGCAAAGCGUUG